AGAAGAGAUGGCAGAGUAGAGUUGAGAGGGGAACUUAUGCAGAGGAUAGAUAACCCUUCAUUUCUGCGGGAACACGGGGCUUCCAGAGGGAGACGUGAGGGGGCCCCUUGUCUGGCCCCCAUGCCCUGGAAGAAGAAUAUGCUGCGCAUGCGUGGUGCGGCCAAGUGUAGUGAUCGGGCAGACCGGAAGUGGAAGAGGAGGGCAGAAGCGGUGGAUAGGCAGGGAGAGCGGUGCCGAGGAUGGGCCGGAAGUGGAAAUUCCAGAAAGACCUAGGAGACGCUGAGGAAAAAUACUCCAAAGAGGGAAGGCAUCUGGACGAUGAUGGAUUACCGCACGGGUUCUGCACGGUCACCUACUCGUCCACAGACAGAUUCGAGGGGAGCUUCAUUCACGGAGAAAAGAACGGACGCGGGAAGUUCUUCUUCUUCGACGGCAGCACCCUGGAGGGCUACUAUGUGGACGACGCCCUGCAGGGCCAGGGCAUCUACACGUACGAGGACGGCGGCAUCCUCCAGGGCAUCUACGUGGACGGGGAGCUGAAUGGGCCAGCGCAGGAGUACGACUCGGACGGGAGGCUGAUCUUCAAGGGGCAGUACAAGGAUAACAUCCGGCACGGAGUGUGCUGGAUCUAUUACCCAGAUGGAGGCAGCCUUGUAGGAGAAGUCAACGAAGAGGGCGAGAUGACGGGAGAGAAGAUAGCCUACAUGUACCCUGAUGGGAAAACCGCACUCUACGGGAAAUUCAUUGACGGAGAGAUGACCGAAGGCAAACUGGCCACCCUGAUGGCCACGGAGGAAGGGAGGCCUCAGUUUGAGCUGGUGCCCGGAAGUCCUGUGUACCACUUUGAUAAGUCGACUUCAUCUUGCAUCUCCACCAGCGCCCUUCUUCCAGACCCUUAUGAAGCUGAGAGGGUGUAUGUUUCCGAGUCUCUCAUUCCCAACGCUGGGGAAGGACUGUUUUCCAAGGUGGCGAUGGAACCUAACACUGUUGUGUCUUUUUACAAUGGAGUCCGAAUUACACACCAGGAGGUGGACAACAGGGACUGGGCCCUGAAUGGGAACACCCUGUCCCUGGACGAGGACACAGUCAUUGAUGUGCCUGAACCCUACAACCACGUGUCCAAGUACUGUGCCUCCUUGGGACACAAGGCGAACCACUGCUUCACCCCCAACUGCAUCUACGACAUGUUUGUCCACCCCCGUUUUGGGCCCAUCAAAAGCAUCCGCACCCUGAGAGCUGUGGAGGCUGACGAGGAGCUCACCGUUGCCUAUGGCUAUGACCACAGCCCCCCGGGGAAGAAUGCGCCCGAAGCCCCCGAGUGGUACCUGCUGGAGCUGAAAGCCUUCCAGGCCGCCCAGCAGAAGUGAAAAGCCUGGCCAGGGCUCCAGACAGCUGGAAGGGAAACUCGGAUCUAUGCACUCCAUUCACCCGCCAACGGGACAACCAGGGACUGCUCGUGCUGUGACAUCACUUCCUCUCACCUGCUCGCGUACUAACAGGUCUGACUGCGUCCCUCGUACCGGAUGUACAAUUAGCUAGCCUUGCAACCACGGCCUGCCGGGAGGUGUUGUUGAGCCCUGGACACAGACAGCACGAUGCUCUCUGGUGGUUCGCAUCUAAAUCUGUACCGCACUCAGAGAUGCCAAAUGACAGACUGAAAAAGGGAAACGGGCUUUUCCGUCAUUUUUCAUCGGUGGUAUUUCCAUGAUGUUUUUCCUGUGGCCAAUGCAAACUGGGCUAUCACACUUGCAUAUGGGCCAUCUCGGGGUAGAGGAACUACUACAUCUUUAUUCUCUUAGUAUAAUUUGCCUUUUAACCUUUGAUCUGUAUCUUGCAAUAGAAUGGCUUUGUUUUUUCCUCAGUGAACAGAAAUCCACUUUUGAGUCAUUUUGUCGAUCCUGUUCCCGAGGUAUCUUGUAGGAGAGAAAACCUCCCCACAGAUUCUCCAUCUGUGGUGCUGUGAGGCCUCUCUGCUUCUUUCUAGCUCAUUUCAUUAUUACAUCCUAAGAUAAAGUACUGGCUCGUAGGGCCGACAUAUUAUUGUAGAACUAUUAUUCUCGCAUGUAAACAAAGGUAUCUUUGCUUUCCUAUGUGAGAAGAAAUGAAUUUCCUUUGUCUGCAUUAAGUUAUGGAAGAGUUGUAAUAUAUACCUUAAGAAAGAGAGGAAAAGUAGUAUUCCUCAGCUGUAACUGUGGCAAUUUUGCAAUAUCUUCAAUAGUGCUAGUAGUUUUCCUCCUUGGAUACACUUUAAAUGUACAUAAGCUAGUACAGUCCAGCUUGCGGCGCCCGCAGUGCAUUGAAUUCAAAAGUCAAAAUAGUGAACUUGAACUCUAAUGCAGAAGGCAAAAAUUUCUUUUAAAUCAAGACCAUAAAGGUGAACAUACUGAUCACUAGGUACAAAUCAAACCUUAAUGCUGACACUCUUCCUCGUCAUAAUUUCAAAGUACUUACCUGUGCUAGAGCAUUGUAAGCUAAACAUUCACAGCUGCGUAGUCUAAGAGCAGCAGCACAGGUAGCAUUUCAGCUGUAUUGCAAGCCACGUAGAAUCACAACUCCAGAAUAAGGAGAAAACGCCUGUUUUUAGUUUAGCGUACCAGGUCGUGACACCGCUGGGACUGCUCUGAAUGAGUUCUGAGAUUCGGGGGUUUUCAUGGCACCCUCACCACAGCCCGGGCUUUUGUCUUCUCGCCACCUGCACACGAGGGCCGGAAGCUCUGAGAGUAGCGUUUGCUCUGUGCUUCAGCUGUUGGCAGCGCCCUGUCACCUGUGUCAGUUGGGCCGUGGAAGACAAAGCCUUCCCUGUGGCAGCAGAAGGUGGAGAGGGCCUGCUGGGAGCUGGGAAGAGAACGAGCCAGGCAGAGGGGAGCGCGCCGUUUCCUCGGCUGCACGCUGCUCUUACAGGCUUUCUGAGGAAAGUGCUGCAUCGAUCUGGGCUGCUCCCAGCUUCCAGGCCGAGGCAGCCCUCCGGGCCCUGACUGUGCCACCCUCGCCUGCUUCCAAGGCCAGGCUUCCGGGAGCCCCCGCCCCGACUUUGCACUCUGGAGCUGAGGGGCGGUCAGAUCCCUGGCUGAAAGCUUCAGGGGAUCAUCUGCCCGGGAAAGGAAGUUGCCAGGGCUUCCAGAAAGAUCUCCCACAGAAGGAACUCAGCGGAGUAUCUGGAUCAAAAGGCACCAGGAUAGGAUCGCUUCUAUCCUGUAGAAAGAGACCGCUCUGUAAACUGUGACAGGUGGGGGGUGUCCCCAGAUGUACAAUCGGACAGGUGCUCAGUUUGUCCCAGAGUGAGUGACUGUCACCCCCUUCAGCUGGGCAGUGGCACCGGGUCGACAGCAUGACAACCAUAAUCAAAUGUGGCAGAUUCCCAGUGGUGGGGAAUAAACGGAUGACUUUAUGCUGUGCCUGGAAAAGCCAGCACCUGGGUGUGCGUGCGACGUCGCGGCCCCAGCGGGCUCCUACAGAGCUGUCCCAGCCCCACCCCUGCAUGCCUAGAUCUCUCCUUAGCAUCUUUUCUAUGAUGAGAUAUUACCUUGUGUUAGACGUAGGAAUAGGAACUAAACAGCAAAAGCACGUCCCCAGAUGGGCUUUCAUAGGGACUCACAGAACAACUGAAGGGACUGAAUUUCUGACACAAAGGAGUGACGAGUUAAAAGGUAACAGGUGAGGAGGACUUGGGUCUUGUAGUACCUAUUCUUAUUUUAACCUGCUUCAUCCCUGGGCUCCCUGAGCAACCAAAAAGGAAAUUCGUUUUUCAAGACCUGUUUGAACCCAUCCAGGACAAGAGUUAAAACUCUUUGUCCUCCGGAGUUCACCACACUUGAGAAACUAUUUCCUUAUCACCAAGAAACCAGAAAAGCCAACUUGGCCAAAUGUAACCACCUGGGACGUUGAGUUGUGGCGAUUAAAUUGCACUGAGCCAGGGCGCUCACCCCGAAUGCAUGAGGCCCUUGGUUUGAACUCCAGCAGCACAAAAACUAAAACAAAAUUGCAUUGUGAACAGUGAAUCAAGGGUUGUCUUAGUGACACAGUAUGUGGCACUUUUAGUAACUCUCAUUAAAAAAAAAAAAACUAUAAACCACUUACUGCAAGAUGCAUUUAAAAUCUUCAAAGAAAGUAGAGAUGGAGUUCUUUUUUCAGUUGCCUCCAGUUUGUCUUGAGUCCUGAUUUAGAAUCCAGACAUAUUUUGUUUCAGAAAAACAAGCGAAACUAUGUUGCAAGAUGGAUAGUUAUAAUGUUUAUUUGCCACAGAUCAAAGGUUCACAAAAUAUAUUCAAUUUGCAUCUACUUCAGGUAAACCUGGAUAGAUCCCCCGCCCUUGGAUUUUUCUCCCCUUCAGGAAUUUGAAGCCUUGAUGUCAGGUUUCGUUUUGUUUUGGGUUUUGUUUUUUUUUUUUUUCAUUUAAUUGUACUAAAUUUUCCAAGUUUUCUUUGGCCAAAUUGUGUGCAUACAUAUUCAGAGCAAUCAGACUAUUUCAAGCCAUACAACCACAGGGGUGGAAAUCCUUUUCGCAAAUUUUAAUGUGUUUGUAUGUAAAUAGAUGUUUGUAUGAAAUAUUUUCAUGGUAGAAUGAAUAUAUUUAAAUGAAGUCAAAUUACUCCAGUGCUAUUUAAACACAUCACAAGAAGUCUUUGCUGAGAAUUCUCUGAGUCUAUUGAGAUACAAUGCAGAUCAAUUUUGAUUUUUAAAAUCAAAGCCUACAAGUCCCUCUGACUGGUGGCGAUCCCGGUGGAGAGAGCCGUAGGCUUCCCGAGUGCCUCAGCCGCUUCCUGGUAGUCAGCUCGGUGCUAAGGGAGGCGCGCUUGCCUUUCGCGAUCUCCCUGCGGGCCGGGGCCUGGGAGUGGAUCCGAGACGCGCGAGACCGGUGCAGUUAUCCGGAGCACAAUUCCCUGGCAGGGCUGCAGAAUCCGAAGCCAGACUUGGCCGUGAGCCUCGGAGCCAGGUCCCCGGCCGCCAUCACCUGCCACCCCCCUGCCGGCCACGCGGUAGGGAGGCUGCCCUCGGUGGAGUGGGAAUCCAGCCUUGGGGGGACUUCACGGUCUUGCCAGCCGCCUCUGCCCGCCGCCCUCCGCCCUCCGCCUCCAGAGGGGGAAGGAGGAGCAGCUGCUGGCCCGGGCCGCCCUCAGCACACGUCCGGUCUCCGCUCUGGACGACCCCGCACCUCGGCCCAAAACUUCCAACCAGAGAGUGAGACGUCCUCGGUCACAGAGCCCCUGCGCCUCUGCCUGUGACUGGACACAGCCUGAAGUCAUCCGCACACCGUCGCGUCCCUGACACACCUCCCGACUCUCCUGACUGUGUUCCUGGGGGUGGGGGGUCCUUUCUAAUAAUAGUUGACUUGAGUGAGUUGUUCUGUUUUUUCACUUUGGUCCUGGAUAUGAUGAAAUGACGAAUAUGAUGGCAGGUUUUCACUGUGUAUACUAGCAAUAUGAACACACGCCGAUGUAUCUUAACCCAUCCACUCGGUUACGUUUUGGGUAACACUAGGAUUAAUCUGGAUUCGCGUAUGGAGAAACUACAGGGACUACGGAAUGACUGCUUAUCAUAUAAGAAAGUGAUGUCCAUGAUUCUGAGCUCCCUACCACAAAAGUUUUUCCUCCUGGGUUUUCUGUGUUCUCUUUUUAUCCUGAAAUGCAUUUCUUGGGUUGAGAGGUCACGUUUCGCGAGCAGAAGGCAGGGGUCCACUUUCGGCAUUCAUUGCAGCCAAAAGCAAACCCUGACAGAGUCAACAAGCAUCCUUGGUCUUUUGUGGAAUUUGAGCUAAACUAUGAGCCUUAUUCGAUAUCUAUAAUUCUAUGGUUUCUUUUUUAAUUAUGGGGAAUUAAUGGAAGAUGUUUACAUGAGUAACGUUUGCCCUUACUGUGUUAUGAAUGAAUUUUUUGUAGUGUGUCUGGGUGCAUGUGCAAGAGAGUAGGAAAAACGUUUCUGAAACAAAACUUGACAAAUAUUUGUAAUGAAAAGUAAAUUUAAAGAUUGCUAUAACUGCGCUAUAGAAACAAUGCGAGUAUUAAACAAAAUACACAAUCACC